AAUCAACGGAGACUUUGGUCGCGGUCGACCAAUGAGGGAAGUGAUUGUUACGGGGUCGCGUGUGGACGCUGUCAGAGGAAGGGAAGUUCAAUUUGUUAUGGCAAGUGAAUAGUCGGAGCGUUGAAUCAGACUGUUGGUGGAGAUGUUCCGCCGUGUGUUAGGGAAAACCUUGGGCUUUGUGGGCUACACAAUCCAAUACGGCUGCAUUGCACAUUGUGCCUUUGAAUACAUCGGAGAAGUAGUGGUGUGUUCUGGUCCUUCCAUGGAGCCCACCAUUGUCAACCAUGAUGUUGUCUUCUCUGAACGCAUGAGUCGUCAUCUUUGCAAAAUAAAAAAGGGCGAUAUAAUAAUUGCUAAGAGUCCAUUUGAUCCAAAUAUGAACAUAUGUAAAAGAGUAAUUGGAUUGGAAGGUGACAAAGUGUGCACAAGUGGCCCAUCAGAUUUGUUCAAGACCCACACAUAUGUUCCGAAAGGCCACGUAUGGCUAGAAGGGGAUAACCUCAGGAAUUCCAGUGACUCAAGGAGCUAUGGCCCAAUUCCCUAUGCCCUCAUCCGAGGGCGUGUUUGCUUAAAGCUCUGGCCGCCGCACAGUGUCGGGACCCUGAGUGAAAGCCCAACCAGACGGAUCAUUAAAACUCAGAGUGACUCAGACUCAGAUUGACUCAUUCACUUUGUUUGUACCGUACGUUACUUUGUUUGCAGUCAUUUUUGAAUAAAGCUGAUAUUUAUUAAAAUGUU